GUCACGUGAGGGUCAGCUGACGGACGGAAAUGCUGCAGGUUUUCAGGUUGUAGCAACAACACGACUAACAACCAUGACGACGGCGGCGCUCACGGCGGGUCUGGAGCGGAUCCCGGACCAGCUCGGGUACCUGGUGGUCAGCGAGGACGGAGUCCUGGCCUCCGCAGGUGAGCUGGAGAACGACGAGCACACGGCGGGCGUGAUCAUGCAGAUGGUUCGGACGGCCAGCCGGUUCCGGUUAUCCGGGUCCGCGGAGGCGCCCUUCAAGCGCAUGUCAGUGAUCCUGGAGGAGUUCGUCUACACGGUGACGGUCUCCGGGCAGAAGGUGUUCGUAGUCAAACGUCACAACAACCAGCACGAGGCGAUCAGCGUGUAGCGCGGCGAUGAUGAAGAGGAUGGAGGAUGAAGAGGAGGGGGCCGUCACGGCCUCGUGUGUAUUUUUGUUACAUUUGUGUUAAAACUGCUUGUACAAUAAAGUUUGGAACUGUUCCGCUUCA